AAUACCAAAGAAUCUAAAAAAAUAUCAAAUAUUUAUAGAUAUCUUUUGAUUUAACAAUUACAAGUAUUAAAAAAAGUUUUAGAAAUAUUAAAUAUAAGUAGACAAAGGUUAAUGCAAAAAGUGCUUAAACAGGGUCUUCUUGCUACAUGUAAGAAUACUCGCUCUAUCUAUAAAUAUGGCAUGAAAAACACCAUCAAAUCCUUAUGCUAAAAAAAUAUAAAUUAAAAAACUCAGCUAUAAAAUUAGUUUAUUUCAUUCAAAUAUUCUACAGAUCCUAACAAUAGCGGUAAUCAAAAGAGCUAAAAUGAUAAUAAUAAUUUUACUAGAAAUGACAAAGAUUAGAGCAAGAAUACACAAUAGCAGUAAAAUCCUCAAAGUGGAAGAUUUUUUUAUUCCCAUACAAAGAUGAGUAGUCAUUAUAUCCUGAAAGAGGAUGAAGUUUAUGAUUUAUUAAAUAAAUUUGACAUAUAAUAUAAAUAGUCUUUAAAUAACUCGUAAAUAUAAAUUGAAUGGUGUCCUUUUUGCUUAAAACCUCACAAUAAUGAUAUUUCAAAUGCAUAUACACUUGGAAUCAAAAAGUAGUCUGGAUAAUUCAAUUGUUUUAGAUGUGGUAUUCAUGGUUCUUGGUGGGAUUUUAAGAAUCUUCUUUAUAAAAAUAUAUCUAUAAAUGAUUUUAGAAAUUACAGUUAAAAUUAUUAAUAGUAAUAAGAAGAGCGUAUGGAUGAUUCAGAAUAUUAUCUCUAUCAUAAUUAAUUGUUCGAUAAGGAAGUGUAUAAAGAAGAGCUAAAUUAUAUAUGUGGAAAAGAAAACUCGACUUAAAGACAUAUUAAUUUUGAAACAUUAGUCAAAUACAAAAUAGGAAUAGGCAAAGAGGAUUUUAUAAAUAAAGAAGGAGAUGUUAUUAAAGUACCUGUUGUAUACUUUCCUAUGUUUAAAUUUGAAAAAGUUGAAGCUGAAUCCAGUGACGAAGACAAGGCCAGAGAUGUCUUUUAAGAUGAAACAAAUGGUAACUCACAGAGAAUAACUAUUAGUACAAAUUCAUGUAAGUUAAUUAAAUGUAAAAUUAGAGGAAUAGGAUCUGAAAAUAAAAAAUACAUGAGAGUAAAACCAUCUGGAUCAAAGAGCGGUAUAUUUGGUUUGAAUACAGUACCAUAAAAUGCUAAAGAAUUAGUUAUUACUGAAGGAGAAUAUGAUGCUAUGGCGGUUAAUUAGGCAACUGGCUUACCUGCUGUUUCUUUGCCUAAUGGUGCCUCGAAUCUCCCUCUUGAAGUUAUUGAAUGUUUAGAAAAAAUUGAAAAAAUUUAUUUGUGGUUGGAUAAUGAUGAAGUAGGUAGAAACAAUAGAUAAAAAUUAGCAGAAAAGUUAGGAGUUCACAGGACCUAUAUUGUGAAUACAUUAGGAGAAAAAGAUGCAAAUGAUAUUUUACGUUAAGAUCCUUCUAGAAUUAUUAAAUAUAUUUAAGAAUCAGCCACUAUUCCAGAUUAAAAUAUUCUUAUGUUUAGUGACUUGAAGGAUUUAGUUCUACAUAGACUGCUUAAAUUUGAGCAUAGUUAAGGAUAUCGUUCAAGAAGAUUUGAGUUCUUCAACGAAACAAUUAAGGGAUUAAGAAGAGGUGAAAUGACUGUUUUGACUGGUCCUACUGGUUCUGGUAAAACAACCUUUUUAUCUCAGCUUUCAUUAGAUUUUUGUACUCAAUAAGUCCCAACACUCUGGGGUUCUUUUGAAAUCAAAAAUGAAGUAUUAGCUACCAACAUGAUUAUGCAAAUGAGUGGGUAAGAUUUAUUCAAAAACCAUAAUAAAUUUCCUUAUUGGGCUUAGAGAUUUGAUAUGAUACCUAUGUACUUCAUGAACUUUUAUGGUUCUACAAAUUUAGAUUAAAUUAUCUCUACUAUUGAGUAUUCGAUUUACAAAUACGACAUAUAACAUGUUGUUAUUGAUAAUCUAUAGUUCUUGUUGGGUACAUAAGCUAAAGGUUUUUCUAAAUUUGAUUUGUAAGAAAGGGCAAUUGAAGCAUUUAGAUAAUUAGCCACUAAGAAAGACAUACAUUUAACCCUUGUUAUCCAUCCAAAAAAAGUAGAUGAAAAUGAAGAUUUGAAUAUCUCUUCAGUCUUCGGUUCUGCAAAGGCAACUUAAGAAGCUGAUAAUGUUAUUAUAAUGCAAAAUAGAGAUAAAUAUAGAGUUAUUGAUAUCAAAAAAAAUCGUUUUAAUGGUGACAUUGGCAAGAAGGCUAUUAUUUUUGAUAAAUCUAAUAAAAAUUUCUACGAAAUGAGUUUAGGAGAAGUAUCAGAAAUACUUUCUAGCAAAAAAACUAUUUCUGAUAUAGUUAAAUUCAAGAGAGAAAAAAUUUUGGAAAAAAUUGAGGAAGAGGACUAAGUUAAUCCAGUGGUAGAUAUCAAAAGAAAUAAAAGUGGAAAUCCUAAUAAUAAUAAAAAUAAUGAUGGCGAUGAUAAUGGUGGAAGCAAUACUCCUCCAUCUUCAAGUAGUAAUCCUCCUUCUUCAAACACUCCUCCAUCUUCAGGCACUCCUCCACCUCCUUCCUCUUCAAGCGCUUCAGCAGCUUCAAGUAAUCAAAUUGAAGAUGUCUAAAAUGCUGAUAAAUAAAGUUUAUUCUCUGCUUAAAAAUAACAAUCUUAAUUGUGGGAAUAAAAUAAUUAAAAAUAAGAUAAAAAAAGUGAAGAUAAAAGUAAAAUUUAAAAGAGUAAAAAAUAAAAUGAAAAUAUAGAAAUUAUUGAUAAAGAAGACACUAUCUUAAAUGUAAUGGAUACCCAAGCUUAAUAAGAAUCUAUAGAUUAAUAAAAAGAUGAAGUAUAGUUAAACUUGGAAGAAAGUUUAGAAUAAAUAGAAAUAAUACAUAAAAAUAAUGAAGCAGUUGAUUAGAUAGAAUCUAAUCUAUCAUUGAAUUAUAAUUAUGAAGAUGAAAUGUAAGAAGCUAUAAACGAAGAGUUAAUUGAAUAAGAAAUAUAAGGCUAGAAACAAUAAUAAUAAAUUAAAUAAAAAAAUAAAAAUAUUUACAAAAAAGAAGAAUAUGACACUGACUCCCUUGAGCCAAUGAAUUUCGAUCUUUAUCAAUAAGAAAAAGAGGUUAAAACAACAGUUAAUUUUUUCAAGAACUAUUCUCCAGUCCCUCCUGAAGAAAGAGAAGAUUUAAUAAAUGGAUCAUUUAAAAAGAGCAACCCUUAUAAUAAAUAUACAAACGAAAAUAAAGUAUUCUAGUUCACAGAAGAAUUUAUGGAAUAAAUAUUUUCUGAAAAAUAUGAAGCUAAUUCUGAUAUUUCUAAUAAGAUUCUGUCAAAAUAGCAUAAAAGUGAAGAUGAUUUAUCAAGCCAAAUUAUAGAAAAAAAAUUUUAAGAAAAAAGGAAUAAAUAAAACAAAAUUUGA